AUGCGGGCCCCGCGCCCCGCCCCGGUGCUGCUGCUGCUGCUGCUGCUGUGGCCGCUGCUCGCCCCCCGCGCCGGGGCCGCCGUCAUCACCGGGGCUUGCGUGGACGACUUCCAGUGCGAUGGAGACACGUGCUGUGCUGUGAGCCUGUGGAUCAGGGGCCUUCGGCUGUGCACACCCAUGGGCCGAGCAGGGGACAGCUGCCACCCGCGCUCUCGGAAAAACCAUUUUGGAAAUGGAAGGCAGGAAAGAAGAAGGAGGAAGAGAAGAAAAAGGAAAAAGGAGGUUCCAUUUUUUGGGCGGAGGCUGCUUCACACGUGUCCGUGCAUGCCUGGCCUAGCCUGCUCACGAGCUGCAGUCAACCGAUUUGUUUGUUCCCGAAAGUAA